AUGGAUUACGAAGGAGACAUCAUUGAUGAAGACAGCAUGACCCCUAGGGUCUUUGAUCGAACGAAAAAAAGUAUGGCCAUGAAGAGCUUCAAUAUGAACAACAACCAGGUGGAAAGUAGCCCAAGUAAAAAACAAACAAACAGAAAAAAGUCCAGAAAUUUUAACAACGAAGAAGGGGAUAACAGAUCGAUCAGCAAAAUCAAGCGAGUCAAAAAGGACAUUACAAAAACGGGAUACGAUUACACGAAUAUGCAAAAGAUGGAAGGAUUGUACAAAAAUGAAAUGACAGAUGAGGGAGGUGACAAAGCAGACAGUGUGGACAACACAGACACGAACGGUCGUUUCACAACCAAUACGGCGGAAAAAAGCGAAUCCUCCUUUAUGAAUAACGGAUGGCAAACACCAAAAAAGAGUAACGUAGGGAUGUACUAUUCCGGUAUUGAUAAUCCAUCAACUUUGAAAAAGUAUAAAACGCCAUGUGAAAUGGAUAUGAUAAACCCUGAUGAAAGCUUAAUAGGUAAUAAGUGCAUUACCAUUACCAAUUAUGUGAACCCUCCAAAAUGUGUAGCCCCUGUUGUGACUCCUAGCAAAUUUCCCCUAUCAGGGGAAAGUAACCCACACAUGACAUAUGAUGACUUCCGUUGCCUUUUCAAGCAUAAGGCUUGCAUCAUAAGUGAGCACGAAUUUAAUAGUAAGAAAAAUUCCAACCAAAUUGACAACUACGAAAAUAAGUACAUAGACUGUUUCACGUCCAACUAUGAAAACAACUCGUGGCCAAAUAAGAAGGAGGUAUCUCCUUCCUUGAGAAGAUCCAACACGAAAAUGUUAAACAGUACUAAGGAAUCCCCCAGGACUAGGAACAGGAAGGUGGAAAAUGGGGCCAAUGUGAACACGAAGAAGAUGCUCAACAUAUUGCGCCAGGGUGGUAAGAAUAAGCAAAACAAGCAGAAUGGUGUUAACAGUGGCACCAGCGCCAACAGCGGUAGAAGUGGCUAUAGCGGUAAGAGUGAGAAUAGCGGGCAGAGCCCAAACAGCACCAACAGUACCAGCACUAAUAGUACGAGCACCAUUAGCCCCAGCAAGAGCUCGCAGAAAAGUAGUAGGGGCCAUCACCGCGAAGGGGGAGAAGACGAAAACAACCACACAAUAUGGAUCGACUACGAAGUCAACCCCGUUAUUAUAAAAGGCAGCAAUAAAACCGAAAAGAACGCUGCAUCUAUGGAUCAAAUGUCCAAACAGAAACAGAACCCAUUGACCCCAAUUUAUGAAGCCUAUUCCAAAGAUCUAGACACCUUGUUUGAUAUAAGUCAGAUAGAAACCCCAGCCGUCUUGCUAGGCAUAUACAGAGGUUUGUCAGUGUCCGUGUCGAGAAGACACCAAAUGAAUGUACCCGCCUUUUAUCAGCUAGUCAAACAAGAAGUGAUAAGGUUAAGUAACUGCCCAUCCUUUAGCAUCGAAGCAUUGAAGCAACUGGCAUGGAUAGCACCCAAUUUGAUACAGCUAAAUAAGGUAGUCAUAACGAAGGAAAUUUUUGAAGCGAAUCAAGAAGCUUACCCAGAAUUUGUCACAGGAAGAAAGGUGGAAGAUAUACAAAUAAGGGAACAUACAGAUUUGUGCGAAAAUAUAUAUAAGUACAGCCAUUCUGAUAAACUAGAAAUGUUAAAAAGGAUCAUCAUAAAUUGGGUUAAUGUGAAGCAUAACGAAUUGUUAAGAGAAAUUAACCCCGACUUUUAUUGCCCCAAAUAUUCUGAACUUAAAAAAUGGCAUUCAAAGUUUAACUUUAAGGAUAUUUUAUUCCCAUCCGUUACGUUGGAGGAGAAUAAAAUUCUGGCCCAACUGGCGCAGACCCCUCAAGAGAGCAAUGCAGAUGAUUUUAUUGUUAUCCAGGACAGUCCCAUAAAAUGUGCUACGAACGACUUCAGAAAAAAUGGAACCUUUUUAAAAGAUAUGCAAAAGGAGAAAACGAGGACUCCCUUAGGAAGAAACAGAAGAAGAUCAAACAUGCUCGGUGGGGGCGGAAGUCCAUUCGCCAGUUCGUUCAAUAAUAACUACAUGGGGGAUUCUCCCAGAAAAAAGGAAACAAAUAACAUGAAACAGAUAAGGGAAGAAGCAAACAAAAAAAAUAUUAUAAAAGAAAUUAAAACGAAAUUUGAUAAAGAACACGAAACCGUAUUGAGUGAAAAAAAAAAAUUUGAAGACGCAACAUGGAUUGCAGAAAUUAUCCACGACACAUUUAUAGUCGAAGGAACGCAAACUGUCAUAGAAAUAAAUACUUUCUCUAAAAAAAUUGCAGACAAGUAUAAAACGAAUAAAGGGUUCCAGAUGGAUGAGGGGAAAAUAGCGCAGCUUAUAGAAAUGCUGCCACAGUAUGUCUCCGAUAUUAACAUAAAGCCUAGUAUGAUGGAUAGAAAUAAAAUGACCCUAUCAGUAAAGUGUAAGAAAAAUCUUGCAACUUUUCUGGAGCCACUUACCAACAAAAUUAACGACCUUUCGAGGAAGUACCAAGAUUUGAAAAAGAAUAAAGAAAAGAGAUUAAGCGAAUUAUGGAAACAGCACAACGUAGGUUUUGAGCUCACCGAGAAUAUUAAAAAGUUCUUUUUAAAUCCCAGUUCGGUGUCCUUCUCGGACAUUUAA